AUGGAACGAUAUGGAAUGGAAGAAGUGGAUUGGUUUAAAACCAUGUUUGAUCAAAGAGCGCGUUGGGUUCCAGCUUACUUUAGGGAUUUUCCAAUGGGUUCUCUAAUAAGGACUACUUCCGUCUCUGAAAGUGAGAAUAGUUUCUAUAAGACAUUCACGAAGCCACGAUCAAAUCUUGUAGAAUUUAUAAUGAGCUUCGAUCAUGCUCUGGAAUCUCAAAGGAAUGCCAGCUCCAAGUUGGAUUAUUUGGACUCAAUUGGUAUUCCUAUUAUGGCGACUGAAUUGUCAUUUGAGAAACAAGCAUCCAUAAUGUACACUAACCAUAUUUUUAGAAGAGUGCAGAAAGAGAUAGUUGAUGCUUGUUUUCACUGUCCUAUUGAUGCUAUUGUCAAAGAUAAAUUCUUUGAGACUUUCACUUUGAAGGACCUAUAUGGAAAGAUGUGGACAAUGACAGACGUGAAGUUGAUCCCUGAAGUUCACUUCAAUGGGCGCUGGUUGAAGUCUUCUUUAGCCAAAGUAGUGCAUGGACAAGUGGACAUUGACUUUGAUUUGAUGGUUGCAGCCAAUCCAAAGCAGCUUGCCGUGAACAAAAUGUACGAAGUACUCUUGGGAUUUGGUAGAAAGUUUGAAGCCAAAAUUGAAACUGUAUUUGCAUUCACAGAGGGCGUUGAAGAGCUAGGGAAAAGCAUUGAAUCAGAUUUUCCAGUCCUCUCACUAGUUGAGAAGAAGAGCAUGAUUGAAGAAUUCUAUGGUCAUCCAAGACCAAUUGAAAUUGAUGUUCAUCCUCCUAAAGUUGUUAGGACAAAGGGUUCAUGCAGUCAAAAGAAGUCCAAAAAAGAGGCAGCCAUCCUGAAUGCUAGUAAACCUAAACGAAGAUGUGGAAAAUCCAAUGAAAUCGGCUACCACGACUCGAGAAAUUGUGGUAGACAGAGCGAGGGCAAGGGGAAGGAGAAAGUUUGA